AUGGGAUACAAUGUUGUUAUUUUGGUUGGUGGUGAAACCACAGGUACCAGAUUCAGACCACUCUCGAUCAAUUCACCCAAAUUACUAUUUGCAAUCGCUGGUAGACCCUUAAUUGAACAUAUCAUAGACUCAUUAAUCAGCCAGGUUAAAGAGAUAGACAAUGUGUUUUUAUUAGGAUUCUAUAAAGAUUCUAGCAAGUUUGUACAAUUCACUAAAGAUAUGGAAAAUAAACUCCCACACAUUGGUUUUGAGUACUUAUCAGAGGCUAAUUCGAAAGGCACAGCAGGAGGAUUAUAUUACUUCCAAGAUAAGUUAUUUCAAGGUAAAGGGAUCGUUUUCAUUCAUGGGGAUAUCAUCUGUGAUUAUCCAUUUAAAAAGCUUGUGGACUUCCAUGAAAAGCACACAUCUAAUGUCACAAUUUUAGGUAUCAACCCUCUUACCAUAGUUGAAAAUUUCAAGAAGUAUUUGAGUGUGAAAGCUGAUGAUUCUGAUCAAUUGGUAGGUGACAAUAUAAACAAUAAAUUUGGAACUAUUGUUUCACCCAAAAGUUCUGUUAAUGUUGAACAUUAUGUGGAAAAGCCAUCGAAGGAUUUCACAAUCCAAUUCAACACCAAGUUUGAUAUUUUGAUCAAUGGUGGAAUAUAUAUCCUUGAUAAAAAGAUUUUUGAAGUGUUGAAGGGAAGGAGGGAAGAGAUUUCUUUGGAAUGGGAUAUUCUUAGGAAUUUGCCUGAUUCUGAUUUAAAGUUCAACGUCUUCAAAGAUAACGUAUUUUGGUAUAAUUUGAAAACCCCCUUAUCAGCAUUAUUAGCUAAUGGUUUCUUUUUGAAACAACAAAACGCUGUUUAUGACAAUGAAAACAUUGGGCCCAAUGUUUCCAUUGGGAAGAAUGUUAUUAUUGGAAAAGGGACCAGAAUAAAAAAUGCUAUCAUCGGCGAUAAUGUUGUCAUUGGAGAUAACUCUUUUAUCAAUAAUGCAAUCAUCUCCAAUAAUGUGAAAAUUGGCAAAUGGGGUAGAAUUGAAGGAACCAUCACCAAUGCUACCAUUUGCAGAGACGUGAUACACACCAAUUCUGAUGGUAAUAUCAGGUUAAUCAACAAUAUUGUUGUAUUAUGUGAAAACAUCUCAGUCUUGCAGGAUAUAUUCGUAUUCAAUUCCAUUGUAUUACCACACAAGGAAUUGAAAUUCGAUACGAAAUAUGAAAUCGUUAUGUGA